AUGUCUGGCUGGGGUUCGUGGCUCAAGAGCGACUCUGGCGCUGGUGCGGCCGGUGGCGCACCGCCGUCUGCUUCGGGAAGCAACUUCCACGCGAUCACCGACACAGUCUCUCAAGACUCGCUCUUCGGCCCGCUCGAGGCGUCGGAUCUGGAAUGGACCUGCGCGGGCGGGUUUACGACCGAGACGCAGACGUGGUACUCCGUGCUCGAGGAUGGAUCGUUUGCCACGUCGCAGAUCAUCCACUCUGCCGUGGGGCUGUGGUAUCCGCAGGUGCAGAUGACGUUCAAGUACUUCAACCCGGCCACGGGCAAGAAGAUCUGGAAGUCGGUCAACGUGACCAAGUUUACGCCACAGAACGACAAGCGUUCGAGCAAGGCGGCCGAGUUCAGCGUCAACUUCUCCACAACCGAUGCGGGCGAUGACAAGUACACCAUCACCGCCAACCUCGAUGCGGAUCUGCAGGUCUCCUGGGCCUUUACCCGCCCCGCCAGCGUGCAGGGCUGGAAGCUCGGUGCCGGUCCCAAAGGUGGCUUCAGCUACUUCGGCUCCAACCUCGGCAGCCCCGAGGGCUACGUCAUCCACCGCUUCUGGCCCGUGGCCGAGAGCGAGGGCCACAUCAUCUCCAAGGGCGCCGCGAUCGACGCUAAGGGUAGGGGCAUGUUCGUGCACGCUAUCCAGGGCAUGCGUCCCAACCUGGUCGCUGCUAAGUGGAACUUUGCCAACUUCCAGGCGCAGGACGCUAAGCUCGGACGCGUUAGCGGUGUCAUGAUGGAGUUCACCACCACUCCGGACUACGGCAGCGCCACCGAGGCGCAGCAGCGUCAGUCGCUCACGGUCAACAUUGGCAGCAUCGUCGCGGAUGGCAAGCUGGUUUCGGUCACCGCUGCUACCAGGACAGCUGGUGCCGCCGACUCGGAACCUAGCCGUAACAGUAACUCGUACGUCAAGCACCUCGACAAGACGCUCGACCAGGAUACAGGCUACCAAGCUCCGCAGGCGAUCGAGUACCACUGGCAGGGUCCCCUGCUGAACCAAGCGACGGGCAAAGGCGAAGCAGCGCACCAGGUGGAUGCCAAGCUCAAGGUGGAUCUUGGCCCACCAUUCCCUUCGAGCGAGACGCAUGGGCUGGUGGACAAGGUGGACGUGCUGGCCGAGAUUCCGUACAUGGUGAGGAAGCUGGUCAAUGUCGUGGCGGGUACCAAGCCGUAUAUCUACCAGACGCUGAACGAGGCCGAGCUGGUGGUGUCGCUGCCAGAGCAGUGGGCUGGCGAGGGGAAGGGCGAGGAGACCAAGGUCAAGGGUACGCUUUUUGAGGAGCAUACGUUUAUCAGUGGUUAA